GACCAUACCAAAACCGAUGAUUUUGAAUUUGGAUGCCCCACCCUCGCAGGAAUGUGACCAAGCCAUCAUCCUCAACCGCCAAUGUAUCGCAGUACUGUACAGUAUUACGCUAUUAGCACUGCAGCCAAUUGUAGUCCACCCGGUCACGGAUCUCUAGCAAUCCUGCCAACUCAGGCAGCCAACCAACACCAACAGUCCUUUCCAGUGCAACAGAGCCCAUGACAUUGCCCCGAUAAACGACGAGAGACAGAACACAAAUUAGUUUACCACUGUAGUCUACAACGACAACCAGCACAGAUCUGUUCGAUCAGGCCAGAUGAAGAAUAGAGAGAAGAAUGGCAAGGGGAAGAGCAAGAAGAAUGGCUCGAAAGAUGAGUCACUAGUAUCCACGGAAAUGGCCAGUAUUCCCGAGACCAUCAGCUUUGUCUUUAACUGUGGUUUCGGAAACAAGGUGCUGUUUGCCAUUGGUUCCUUUGCAGCUCUCUUAAAUGGACUCGUAGGUCCCAUGCUGGCUGUUCUUUUCUCAGUGGCACUGGCGCGGGGAAGCAACAUCAACUUUGAAGAUGUUGCCUUUGACGAUAUUCAACGAGUCUGCCAAGGCUUGCUGUUGGUUGGUGUUUGGGCCUUUGUCAUGACCUUUAUUCAGACAGUCUGCUUUGAGAUUGUUGCCUUUCGAGCGUCUCAAUCCUUGAACCUUCAGUGGUUUGCUGCACUCUUGCGUCAAGAUGCUGCCUUUUUCGAUAUCUACGACGUCCCAGGAAUUGCCACCCAGGUACAGCCAACUUGUUACCAAUACCGAAGAGGUAUGGGAUCCAAAUUUGGAGAAGGUAUUCAGUACGCAACUACCGUAGUGGGUGGAGUUGGAUUCGCCUUUGUGGCCAGUUGGAAAAUUUCCGUACUAGUGUUGGCCAUUCUGCCCGUUUGCAUUGGUUGUGGCGUCUACGCCAUACACCUGAGUCAAACCAAGACGUCCAGAGCCAACGAAUCAUAUCAAAAAGCUGGAGCAAUCGCAUACAAAACCAUUUCUUCCAUCAAAACCAUUCUGGCAUUUAAUGCUGUGCCCCAAAUGGUAUUAGAGUACCGAAAAGCUACCAAAGAGGCAUCCAAAGUCGCCACAAAAUUUUUGUUUCAGUAUGGGGCAGUCACUGGACUUCUCAUUGCGUCGUAUACCGCAAUGUUUGUAGCAGUGAGCGUGUACGGGUCCCACCUUUUGUACACUGACAUUGAACGAUACGGAUGUGAUCCCACGGCGGGAAUGUUCACUGAAGAGGCAUGUGGCACCACGGGAGCCAGUAUUCUUGGCGCCUUUUUAGGUUUCUUGUUUGCUGCCGAGGGAAUUUCGCAAGUGGCGACCUUUGUGGAAGCCCUGGCCGAAGCUCGAGUGGCAGCCUUCACGGCGCUACAAGCCAUCAAACGAAAAAAGGGUGCGCCGCCACAAAUUUUCUAUCACAACGAUGAAUGGAAAAAGAAGGCACAAAAAGAUGGAGGAGUGUCGGAUACCGAAAGCGAAACUGUCACCACAAACAGGCAACAACAACAACAACCCCCACGGAAUCGUUGGAAUUCCUCUGAGGACGAAGACGAAGAAGUUAGCUUGGAGUUUCGGGGAACUCUUGGUAGCAACAUUGAUUGCGCUCAACUCUUGUGCUGUCGUCGCAGUGACGAUAGCACUGUGGGCAGAACAGGUAGCAACGAAGUUGGAAGAAUCCUCACGGGGCCUCUCGACGGAAAGGGCGUCAAGGCUAUACUUCCACGAUUUGAGAUUGAUGCUUCCGAAUUGGAGGGAGGACAACAGCCAAGUGAAGUACGAGGAGAGAUAUCCUUUCAAAACGUGCAUUUCAACUAUCCCCGGAGGCCUGCCGACCAAGCGCUUCGCGACUUUUCCAUCGACAUUAAAGCCGGAUCUACAAUUGCUUUCGUUGGGCCCAGUGGCAGCGGCAAGUCGACUAUCGUUUCCUUGAUUGAACGGUUUUAUGACCCUUCUUCAGGAGUAGUCAAGCUGGACGGGAUCAACUUGAGGGAUCUCAACGUGUGCUACUUGAGAAGCCUCAUUGGCUAUGUUGGGCAAGAGCCAAUUCUAUUUGCAACCACCAUACGGGAGAACAUUGGAUAUGGCAAUCCCAAUGCCACCACGGAAAUGAUAGUGGAGGCGGCAAAACAAGCCAAUGCACACGAUUUUAUCGAAUCCUUCCCUGAAGGGUAUGACACAAAAGUAGGAGAUCAAGGAUCUCAACUAUCUGGUGGUCAAAAACAGCGGAUUGCCAUUGCCCGUGCUUUGGUAUCCAACAACCGAUCCAUACUGCUAUUGGAUGAGGCGACUAGUGCCUUGGACAGCGAAUCGGAAUUGAUAGUGCAGGAAGCCAUCGACAAUGUCCUAGCCCAAAAGAGGCUCACAACGGUAAUUAUAGCUCACAGGCUGUCUACUAUUCGAAACGCGGAUGUCAUUGCAGUCGUCGUUGAUGGAGGCAUCGUGGAAACAGGAACACACGACCAGCUGAUGGCAAAGCAGAACAGCUACUACCGCAAACUCAUUGAAAAACAAGAGCUGAAACCGAAGAGGACUCAGUCAAGCUCAAUAUGUGCUUCAGUUGAUGAAGUAGAUGAAGGAACUCAUACGACUGAUACCGAUAAAAACACUGACGACUUGGAAUGUUAUACCUGUUUGUCGAGGCUUGAUGCCCCUCAGACACAUGAAAUGAGAACAACCUCUACGCUGUCAAGAACUGAUGUAGAGGUUGUCUACUACCCAAAAUUUGUUCCUGAUGCGGACAUACCUCACGUCAAAUUUGAGAACGUGUGCUUUUCUUAUCCAAGCAGAAAGUCGAAGCGUAUCUUCAAUGGCUUCAAUUUGUCCAUCAAAUGCGGGGAGACCGUGGCACUUGUAGGCCCAAGUGGCGGCGGGAAGUCAACGACUGCGGCUUUGAUGGAAAGGUUCUACGAUCCCACUCGAGGUGUCCUGGAGUACAUGGGCUAUGACGUACGUUGGCUGAACCUGCAAUGGUAUCGGGACCAAAUCGGCCUUGUCAGUCAAGAACCAAAUCUUCUCAACGACACCAUAGCAAAAAACAUCGCUUUUGGACUCAGGCAUGCCACCAAGGAGAUGAUCAUCGAAGCUGCCAAGCAGGCCAAUGCACACAAUUUCAUACAGUCUUUCCCGGAUGGCUACCUUACCAUGGUUGGGAACAAAGGUUCGCAGCUGUCAGGCGGGCAAAAACAAAGGAUUGCGAUAGCUCGUGCACUUUUGAAGAAACCGAAACUGUUGAUCCUCGAUGAGGCAACGAGUGCCCUGGACAGUGAAUCAGAGGCGAUCGUACAGGCCGCUUUGGAUCGACUGAUGGCUUCUCGGGAGCACACCACGAUUGUGAUUGCGCACAGAUUGUCAACCAUUCGGAAUGCCGAUCGAAUAGCGUACAUUGCCGAUGGAAAGGUUCAGGAAAUUGGAUCUCACAAUGUAUUGAUGGAGAUUCCUCACGGACGGUACCUUCGGUUAGUUGAAUCACAAAAACGAAAUUCUACAAUGUUAUCCCUCGGUGCUCUGGGAGUUAUCGACAGUCAUUCCACUCGCUUGAGUUCCCCUCCUUCAUCUGACUCGUCUACAUCGGGCUCAACUUCUGAGGCUUGCGAAGAAGAGCUGGUUUCGAUCGGCACAACAUUCUUCAACUCGCGACGAGUUUGGCGCGAGGCCACGAAGGAUGUUGCCUACAUCGUUGCAGGUUCUCUGGGGUCAAUAGUGAGCGGGGCAAUUUAUCCAGCUUGGGGAAUCAUGUUUGCUCAAACGAUCGACCUCCUCUUUCAAAGAGUUCUUGAUUGCUCAAGUGACGACGAGGUUCCGGUGGAAGGCUUUGGGAGUUGUCAGGAGUACUGGACAAGUGAAGCCGAGAGAAUGAAAACACAAUCAAUUCAGGUGGGGACGUCUUGGGGUCUUAUCGUUGUGGCUUCUUUUGCUGGAGCGAUUAGUUCCAAAGUCGGUUUCGGCACCGCGGCGGAGAGACUCAACAAGAACAUUCGUGACACAACUUUCAUUUCCCUGUGUCGACUUGAACCCGCCUUCUUUGAUGGAAACUCGGUUGGUCGAUUGAUGUCUGUGUUGCAAGAUGAUACAACGAAGCUGUACGCCUUUGCGGGCGAACCCCUUAGAAUGUUCUGGAUCGGGAUGUCAUCGGUUGCCAUUGGUGUUGCCUUGGCAUUCAUUUUCGUGUGGCCGGUAGCACUACUUUCUCUCGCAUGCAUUCCGGUGAUGGGGUACGCCCUUUCCCUGAGGAUGGGAAAAGUCACAGGAGUUGAUCGCAGUAGAAGGGAGAGAGAAGAUCUGGGGAGCCCAGCUGGAAUCCUAGUGGAAACCCUACUGAACAUCCGAACUGUGGCUGCCAUGGGUCUCGAAGCGAGAAAGUUUGAGGAGUUCAGAAGAAGUUUGCUUGCGACGGCAGCCAACAACAAAUGGGAGAGUAUCAAGACAUCAAUCAGUCAUGGAUUGGCAUAUCUUUUACAGCACUGGGUCGACGCACUCUUGUUGUUCUUUGCAGGCUGGCUGCUUCAUGCAUACCCAACAAAGUUCACGUUUCUGGAGAUGCUGAACUCAAAUUUUGCGCUCUACUUUUCUCUCUUUGGAUUGGGCAUUGCUUUGAAAGAAGUCGCAGACAGAGAUGAACUGAAGCUUGCAACAUCUCGCGUUUUCUACCUUCAAGACCGUUCCAGUUUGCUGGAUCCAAUGAGUCUGUCAGGAACGAAACUGGACUAAAACACUUGAUGCCGACGUUGGCUGCAAGCAAGCUGCCGCUUCACAUGUACAUAGAGAUCUAACCAUACCCACUAAGCUAUGCUGUUCAACAUGCCAACACAUCGUGUGAGCUAGUUGCUACGGAUAGCGCAGUAGAUAGUUAGGACCAGCAAACAGUGCAAUUA